UCGACUAGCAGUUUGCAGCGGGAAUGAAUGGCCAGUGAGCAGUGGGCCAGUGGCUGUAAAGUACUGCACAUAAGCUGCGCUGAGUAAGUGCUGCCAGACCUAGAAAGACGCUAGCAAGGCCAAGAAGGCAUUCAAGCAGUGCCGCUAGGGGGACAAUGCCGAUGUGUAGAAGAGGCGAGCUGGAAGGCAUUCAGAGUUCCUGGCAGAAGCAUAUUGUUUGGACGCAUGUACUGUAGGAAUUAAUGGCUCCCACUGUCCAAGGAACAACAAUCGGUCCCGCCAGUCAGCCGGCCUUUCCCAUUUCUGCCAUCAUUGUUGUCACGUCAGCUGUGUACAUUCUAGCAAUUGUACUGAUUCUGCUGCUGAAGAAAUGGUGCCAGAGUAAAGGCAAGACAAUCUCCUGCCCACGCUGUCCUAAACUACCAGGGUGCUGUGAUCAUGAAGCAUGUACGUCGGAGACCGGUACGUGUGCGCAGGCCGUGCAGUCUGUAGGCGAGGGCUGUGGCUGCCGGGAGACUCCCAAGUCAUGCAAGGUGUGCUGGAUACGCUACUGUCCGUCCUAUGAGAGUUGCCGCUGCAAUGAGUUCCACUCGUGUGGUUGCUUCUACACGAAGAAAGGCAAGUUCACGUGUCCAUGUCCCACGUGCCCGACAGAGUCGUAUCCAGCGUGCCCGUCGUGUCCAGAGUUGCCCGAAUGCCCGACAUGCUGUGAGCCUUCUGAUGAAGAGUUCCAGUGCCCUGAGUUCACUUGUCCAACUUGCCCUGGAUGUCCAUCAUUUCCAGAAUGCCAUUGCCAAUGUCAAAUGCCCCAGUGCGAAGCUAUCAACUGCUUCUGUUGUGAGAUUGUGUUGCGCCAACCUGGGGCUGGUGACAGUGUGCCUCCAUCCAGAACACCUGCUCCAAGAGGAGCAAGUACACACGGUGAGAGUAUCACACGGCGGUAACAAUACAAGAAACAAAGCCGUGAUUAGUCCCAUGUAGGCUUUGCUCAGCUCAGCCUCGCCGCAAGCUAGAGUCACGUGGAUUGGCUCCACUGCGAAUAGAAAGGAGCGGCCGCGAUAUCACUUGGUGAAAUUUUUACAAUACCGCCUUGUUUGGAAGUGUUUACACUAAGAGUACCACACUGGAGCAGCGAGAAAGGGAAAGUGACUCACAACAAAAGUGUGAUAUCACGUGCACCAGCCCGAGAUGAGGGCGAUGUGACUCCAACAGCUUUGUUUCUAUUCACAAGACAAUAUUUAAAAGAUGUCCUCAGAAAUCAGUUUUAAACUAGCAUACCCAGUUCUGUAUCCACACUCUAUUUAGUCUGUUUUUCUGCAAAAUUAAUUGAGAUUGCUUGAUAAUUCUGUCAAGAUAUGCCAUCAGGUCUUUCAAUCCCUGGUGCACAUUAUCACCAUU